AUGACGCAACUGAUCCUUCACUUCUAUUCGAAGCAUGCUUGGUGGAUUCAGCGCAUGCAAUUGCUCAUAAUCAUCCCUAGGUUUUGGCAACGUGUCGCGAAUUUUACACUGGCCUUCCGCGUCAAGGCCCUUGAUCGUCUUUGCACAUUACAUACUUUGACAUCGCAAUUUCACGCAAAGCGCGGUAAAAACGCACAGAGACUCAACGCGCAAUCUCCGACAGUAGGAAAAGAUACAGUUAGAAGGAAAGAGACAAUGGGGAAUUGA